GACUGUUUAUUUUGUGUGUGUUUUUUUUAAUGCACGUGUUUGUGUUUACAUAUAAAACCUGAAAGUUCCAACUGUUUGACAUUUUUUACACCUGAAUUUUGACAAAUGUAUGCACCGCCGGUGGAUUUGUCUUUUAACGAAAUAAGCAGCGUAACAGAUGCGCUGUCUAAGGUUCCCCGCAGAGGCCGGCGGCCCUUAAAGACCGACUCCCAGGGCAAGUACCUGAGCCGCUCUCUGCGCCUCGACAACAACCACAUCACUGAAGUCUCCAACCUCCAGUGUGUACUCAGCCAUUUCCUGGUUCAACCCUCAAGCAUUGGCUGGCUGGACCUUUCAUUUAACAAGAUAACUUCCAUCAGUGCUGUUUUGAGUGAGCUGCAUGAGCUGCAUGUGCUUUAUCUCCACGGUAACCAAAUCGCUAACCUGGCAGACGUAAACAAACUGGGACGGCUGAUGAAUCUGCACACAAUCACAUUGCAUGGAAACCCCAUAGAGUACAUGGAAGACUACAGGAAUCGUGUGGUUUUCACUUUGCCUCACCUGAAGAGGAUGGAUUUCAGUGCUGUGACGCCACAGGAUCACUUCUUGGCAAACGUUUUUGGUCGUCGCCUGAAGAGAAAAAACACAUGAAUGAGUCUCCAGAUCAUCACGUUACUCAAAACAUGUCUUAAAUAAAUAUCUUUAUAACCACUAAA